GGCCAGACUGUGCAAAUAGGGUUGUGCAAAAAGGUAUUCAGUACGAUCUGUGCAUCUAAAAAACAGCCAAUGGCAGAGGGUGGGGAGUGCAGACACUGCAGAGGAUUUACAAAAACAGCUUCGUUAUGGAGUAUCUUGGAGAGCUGUGUGUUGCAUCAGAUCAUCACGACAGAGGAAGCAGAGAGAAGAGGAGUGGUGUACGAUAAGCAGGGCGUCACCUACCUGUUUGAUCUGGACUAUGUGGAUGAUGUCUACACCAUUGAAGCAGCUCGUUACGGAAACAUCUCUCACUUUGUCAACCACAGCGUGAGCACUAACUAGCUGUACACAUCAUCUGGCCUCUCUAUCAAGUAAUUUGGA